AUGGAGGCACCGCUGCCACGGAUGGAAGACAAGACGGGGAAAGAGGCGGCGGUGGCAGAGCUGGUGCUGCACGACGAGGAGGUGGAGGAGGAGGUGGACGAGUGUCGUUGCGUGCGUCCGCUGGUCGUCGGCAUUGCUGGGGCGUCGCGAAGCGGGAAGACCACCCUCGCCCUGGGCCUGCUGGGCGCACUCGGUGGCCCCACGCCUGCCCCCAACUCAACCACUUCCCUCUUCGAGUCCUUCGACCCACGCACCAUCGUGCACCUCGACCGCUACUUCAAAUCGCCCAGGGAGAUGGAGAAGAAGCGCGUGGGCGGGCGCACGGUUGCGAAUUGGGAGCUGGCGAGCUCGCUGCGGUGGGACGAGUUCGUGGCCGCGCUGCGAAGGCAGAUCGAGCGCAAGACCCUGGUGUGCGCGCGGUGUGCCCGAUUAGCCGAAUCGCAGCAACUGCAGACCGCGACCACUGCGUCGCCAUCAUCGCCGCGGACGCCCAGGUCCCGAGGCAACAGCGUCGGCGGCGGGUCGGCGCCCUCUUCACCGCUCACGCCGCGAUUCAGAGCCGCCAGUGCGGCAGCGCCUGAAGUUGCCUCUGCCGGAUCAAAGCCCAAGCGUAAACUCAUCAUUGUCGAAGGGUUUCUGCUGUUCACCGACAAGGAGGUGGUAUCGCUCAUCGACAAGCACAUCUUCAUCACCGUCAACCGAAGCACCUCUCGCCAACGAAGGACCGAGACCAUGGGCACGCCGGGGUGGUAUUUUGAUCGCGUGAUCUGGCCCUGCUACCUCAAGCACAACCGCGCCGUGCUGGAGAUGCCCCAGCAGCUGCUCGUGGUCGACGGCCACACGGAGAAGCACGAGGUGGUGCGUGCGGCGGUGGACUUUAUCGAGGGCCGGCCAGUUGACGAUGCCCUCCAGCGAGCCCACCUCAGCCGCGUGCUGCACGAAGCCCUGCCGCCUGCCCUCCUCGGCUGGUUUUGA